AUGGUUUGGAACACAAAUAUUAAAUUACACCCAAAACUGAUUUUAGAUUAUUUCCAUAUCCGUGUACCACGACUCCAACAAAAGUCGCACUCCUGGUCGGCCGACACAGCUUUAACUGCUUACCAACCAAUUAACAAGCCACCAAUCAACGUGGAUUACUCAACAAAUAACGGACCAUGGGAGAAAAACCCAGCUGCGGUAGCGGCUACCACAGCCGGAGCCGUUGGAAACACCGGAAAUACCGGAAACUCAAAUCAAAGUCAUAGCACAAUUUCUACGAGCAGCAAUAGUGGUGGUGGUGGCAGUGGUGGAGCUAACAAUAAUGCAAUGGCGGUCGGAAGUGGUGGCAUCGGGGCCAACUCGAACACAAACGCAACACAGUCAUCGUUGAAAACAACACACCACCAGCUGAUGCAACAGCUGCAGCAGCAACAUCAACAUCAGCAUCAUCAACGUCAAUUGCAGCACCAGCAUAGCAUUGCGGCUGUGGGUGGGGGAAUGGCUCACAUCCACACCCAUUCGCAUGCUCCUCGGCAGCUGACCCAUCAACAUUCACAUCCACCAUUGCAGCAAGCCAGUGGUGGUAAUCUAGUGCUUCCUACGACAACCACGACAGUUGUGGGCAAUACGCACCACCAUCACCCCCCACUUCAACAUCACAUGUCGCUGAAUUUGACCAGCAGCGGUGGUGUUGUUAGCAUGACUUCCUCGGCCAAUGCAAUGGCUGCCUCCACCUCUUCCAGCGCGUCAUCGGCAGCAGGUAUCAUUACAACGGCUCACCGCUGUCAGGCCUCAAAUGUUAAUUCGUCAACCACAAUGGCUUCCUCAAUGUCGGCAAACACUUUGCCCUCAUCCGUCAAGAUGGGUGCCCAUCACCAUCACGGCCGUCAUCAUUUGACGCCACAGCAUAGAUCAUUGUCACAGCAACAUGCUGCUGCAACGCUGAGACGCCGAACUUUGAGUCAUGUACCACGUUCCUAUUCGGCUUCGGCUGCUGCAACGACAGCUAACUCAGGGGCCAGUAACAUGCAGGCAGCUGGAGUCUUUACGAAAGCUCUGAUGGGAGCUGGUAAAAAUGAUGGCGGUGGAGGCAGUGGUAGUUCUGCUGGAGGUGGUGGUGGUGGAGGACUGGGUGGUGGUGGUGCUUCCAGUGGUGGUGGGGAUCGCUCACGAUGUCGAUCGCCCAUGAUGCUGUGUCACUCGCAUAGUGACGGUGAAUUUCCUAUGUAUAAAGCUGAUUAA